ACUUUUAGUAAGAAUUGUUCGUAAUGCGCAUGCGUUGUCACAUGGUACAGAAAAUAUCUUCAGAAAUUGGCUUGGAAGCAUAUUUAACCAAAGCUCUGUAUUUGACAAGUUAGUUGUGUUAAAAAACGAGAAAAAAUGGACGACAAAGAAUUUGUGUCAACGACUGACAACGAUUUUGAAAAAGUCGAAGUACCCCAAAAGAGUACUGAGUCUGAAAGCAACAUAGCCACUAAAGACGAAAAGUCUGCUGAGAAGACAAAUUACUUAUGUUGUGGAACGAAACUGCUGUGUAGCCUUGACCCUAAAGGUGAGCUAAAUGUAGAUAAAAAAAUGUACAAUAUGUCAAAUUUCCAUAGUAAAAAGUUUUAA